AUGCCUGCUGUUCCUCGAGUGGAUCGUAUCAAAACAGUGUACAGUGCCGCGAAAGCGCUCAACUUUGCGUGGAGGUUCACUGAUUUCCUGAAAACUCCGGCUUACAACGGUGUUUCCAGAUAUGUGCCCCAACUACAUAGGAUAACUUUUCGCUUUUGUAAGCAAAGCGAAGCAAGCGUCGGUGUGCGGAAUUUCAUUGAGCGCAGAAUUUUAGAACUUGGAGCUCGUGUGCCAUCUGUAGUUGUGUAUACGCAACCUGUUCGCAAUACCGUUCCUGUUAUCCGUGCAGAAUACGGAAAUGGACGAAUUGUUCAGCUGAACGCCAAGAAUAUGAGUAUGGAAGAUGUGGAACGGGAUGUUAAUCUCCUAUAUUCUCGAAGCGGUCUCCCAGUUGUAAAAUUAGAAUCUCCCCAGAGUGCCGCUACACCUUCUGUACAGGGCGAGUGGACACCGAUGACAUGGUUGUCUCCACGAGUAAAUUCUGCAAAAUUACCGGACCCUCAAUUCUCGGAACACAAGACGAGUAAGGUAACGGCGACGGAGUUCCUUAUCGAACAACAGAAACGGGUUGCCAUAAUGCCGAUGUAUCACGUGCCUCGGACAACGAGGAUCAUUAGAUAUUGGAAGAAUCUGCCACGUAUGCUGUUGAAAAAGUACCCGGAACAGACGAUCAUGUAUUCGACGUUCGGUGUCGCCACUGUCAUCAUAGGCAUCUAUAAGUUCCGCAAGUAUCUGAAUUUGGACGAGAGACCAUACUAUCGUGGUUACUACGACGUUGUACGGUCUGAUGAUCCGCUAGCUAAGACAUGGAGGAAGCCUGAAGACUAUCCAGCACCGUAUCUCUCAGAUGGUAUUGAGUAUGCUUGCUGA